UCAAAAUUUUCAUUCCUGUGUCGCUCGUGCCAUUCAUUCAUGGGAAAACCUGUGCGUAAGUAGCACACCAUUGACAUCUCCUCACCGCGUAGACCAUUUUCCCUUCCGACCCUUCGUCUCAAUUUUCUCGCCAGAAAAUUCAACUCCCAUUUUUUCAAGAUACCCUCUUCUCAUGCUACUGUGAGCGAGGCCAAGGGUAAUUUCAAUUUCUUUCGCUCUAAGAAUUAAAUGACAGGAGAAGGGAAUUCAGGACGUCAUUCUCAACCUGAACCCUGUUUUGGGAUGAAAACACUAAAAAGGCACAAGAUGAAACGGAACCUUAAUGAUGUUGUCUUCAUUGAUGUAGAUGGUGAUAAUUUCCAUAAUGUUAUUAUCAUAGAUGGUCCAAAGUCUGUACAACAGAAUGUACAAGAUUCUGGUGUAAUGAGAAGAGACAAAAGGGUUCCAUUGGAAAGCAUUAUUAGUAUUGAUGAUGAUGAAAGCACGGACAUCCAUCCUGAAAAUGGUGUGGAAAGUCGUGGUGACUUGGAUAGUGAUGCCAGCUCAAGCAAGAGAUCUUGUCCUGCUUCCAACCAUUCACAAAAUUCUGUGGGCUUAGAAGCUGAGGAAUGUCAAUUCAUCCGAGAAAGAAAAUCCCCAGUGAAGUUGUCAAAAUGUAAGCGAACCUAUUCUGGGAAAGCUCCCUCCAGAAACCGUUAUGGUUUAGAUCCCAUGCCUGAAAGUACUUCGCCUGAAAGUACUUCAUCUGAAAGUGGUUUAUCUGAUUGUGAGCUUAUGGAAGGUUCUAAGGGAAAGCUUCGUGAACAGUGGGAACAAGCUUACUUAAAGAAAAAAGAUGUCCAUCAAACUGCCAAAUCUGAUUUGGGGGAUCAGCCUAGUGCCUCUGGUUCUAACACUGAUACUCCCCCAAAUAUUGAAGUAGAAAACAUGACUGAACAACAUCAAGAAACCCCAGUAUGUUCUAGUUCAAGCAAUGAAAAUUUUGAAAAAGAAAACCUACCUUCCUUUUUUGCUCCUGAUGUCAGCAAUUUGGGUGCUACUUCUCCAAAUCCUGAAGUUGAGAAUCCUUUUGCAGAAUUUGAAUUUAAAUUUGAUGAGGAGAGUUCAAGGUGUAAAAUUGAGUCAAUGGAAAAAACACAAUUUUCUGAUGUCAACAAUGAUGUUCAAGAUGAAGAAGCUUCGUUCUGCAAGAGCCACAGUUCGGUGGAAACACAGGUUAAUCUAGUUGCUUCGAGUGAAAAAGAUGAAGGGCUCCAUGAGGUACCUAAUGGGUCUCAUUUUCCAAAUGAAUCAAAAUAUGGAGGAACUAUUUUCAAGGGAAAAAAGAAAUCAGUUUCUAGAGAACAGUCAUUUUGGAAACCUCAACCAUCUGAUGAAACAUGGAUUAAUUGUGGUGUAGCACCCUUCAAGGACAAAGUUCAAGUUGUUCCUGAAAAAGCUUUCUUCUGUACCUCUCUAUUGGCAGAAAAGUUGGAUGUUAGUAAUGAAAAAGGUUCUUGUCUGGAAAGAAAGAAACCAGUUUCUGGGGAACCUUCUUCAUGCCAUGCUCCACCUAAUGAAACACAAAUUAAAAAGAGCAAAUCUUGUUUGAUGAGGAAGGAACUAAUUGCUGAAUCUAUGUCUGUCAGUGAACAAGAUAAUAAAAUUGAUGAUAUAGCACAUGCUCAAGAUGGUCAAAGAGAUAUAAUCAAUGAGCGAGAGAAGCUCAAGGAGACUGAGGAGUACAAGCGAGCGAUAGAAGAAGAAUGGACAUCCAGGCAGAGGCAGUUACAGUUACAGGCAGAAGAAGUGCAGCGGUUGAAGAAGAGAAGAAAAGCCGAAAAUACACGUUUAUUGGACAUGGAGAGAAGACAAAAGCAGCGUGUCCAAGAAAUGAGAGAGACACAAAAAAAGGAUGAAGAGAAUAUGAACAUGAAAGAGAAAAUUCGUCUUGAAGUACGGAAAGAACUUGAUAAAUUGGAAAUGACAUGUAGUGAUAUGGCCUCAUUACUUCGUGGCCUAGAAAUCCAUGUGGGAGGUGGUUUCUGUCCCUCAUCAAAUGAGGUCCAUGCAGCUUAUAAACGAGCCUUGUUAAAAUUUCAUCCAGACCGAGCAUCUAGAACUGACAUCUAUCAUCAGGUGGAGGCUGAGGAAAAAUUUAAGCUUAUUUCUCGCAUGAAAGAAAAGUUUUUAUUGCCUUCAUGACAGAAUAUAUAAACAACAAUCUGUUUUAAAUUUUGAUCUAAAAUUUAUCAAUUCUGCUCUGGUAUUCAGUUGAACAUUGUCUUGAUCUCUCCCAAGCUUCAUUUCUCAUACAGAAGCUGAGAGCUUUUAUUUCAGCAUGCUCUGGCCUUGUACACGAAUCAUAUUUUGUGAGCAGUUGUAGUUUCCUGUGCCUUCCAGUGAAGGAAAUUCUUGAUUUAAAGGUGGAACAUUUCUGCUGCUUAUCGUGAGUGUUCAUGGUUGGAGAACUGUGUUGAUGACCUUCAUUUUGGUCUGCUGCCUUGUGCUUUAGCCUAUUGAUAGAUAGUACAUUUGAUGCAUGGGAGCAGUAUAAAAAACACAUGAAAGUCAAUGUAUUUUUGCUGUGUCCAAACGUGUGCUACUAGCAGUUGGCUUGGAUCGGGUAAGUUAUUUUUGUCCAAAUAUGUGAUAUUCAAUUAAGUAGACCAAUUUCGUUGGUACCAACACCCCCAUUUAUUAAAUUUGUAAUAUGGCAGUGUGACAUGCUUGGGCUGUAUGAUAAUUGAGUAGAUUCCGAAGUACAUUUAUGUCA